CCUCCCUCCUCUUUCACAUUCUCUGUUUCUCUGUGCGCAAGUGAAGGCCGCAAAGUCACCCCUCUGCGCUCUCCUCAUCUCUGUUCUUUGCUAGGUCUCCGUCUAUCCAUUUAGUUCUCUCUCUCUCUCUCUCUAAAUAUAUAUUAGCAGGAUCAAUCAUAAACUUGUGUGACUUUUGGUGAAGUCCUCAAAUACAAGGAGCCAUUGGAAUUUGAUCUUCAACGUUUUUAUGGUUAAAAAUGGAUGAUGAUGAUGAGUUUUCUGUGCCAGAAGAUAUCCUUUGGCCACUGUUUACUGCUUCAAGCUCAUCAACCAUUGAAAAAGCCCUAACACAUCUCAUACCAGUUGCCAGAGGUGCUGGUGGACGCGCAGACCUUGCUUCCAAGAAUAUCCUAACUACAGUCCUUCAGCUCUGCCGAACUCUCUCUUGCCCUUCUAAUCGUCACCUUCUUCUUUUGUCUCUAAAACUCCUCAGGAACUUAUGUGCCGGAGAAAUAAGUAAUCAGAACUCAUUUAUUCAACAAAAUGGAGUUCAGAUUGUUUCAGGUAUUUUCAAUUCUGUUGGCCUUGUUUCUGAGUCAGAUUAUGAGAUCGUUAAAACGGGUCUGCAAGUUCUGGGAAAUGUCUCUUUGGCUGGAGAAGAACAUCAGCAUACUGUUUGGCAUCAAUUCUUUCCACUUGAGUUUUCCAAGAUCGCAAGAGUGCGGAGCAGGGAGACCUGUGAUCCUUUGUGUAUGGUUAUUUAUACAUGUAGUGAAGGAAGUCAUGUAUUAUCUGCAGAGUUAGAUACUGAUCAAGGGUUGCAUAUUGUGGCAGAGAUUACAGAGUCUGCCUCAGCAGUUGGUUUCCGAGGAGAUUGGUUAAAAUUGCUUCUUUCAAGAAUUUGCCUUGAGAAAUAUCACUUCUCACAACUCUUCUCUAAACUAUGUCCGAUCGGUAAUUCUGGAACUAGUGAUGAUAUCAUGUCCGGAGUUGAUCAUUUUGUACCUGAACUAGCAUUUUUGUUGAGUAUCCUAUCAGAGAUAUUGAAUGAGCAAAUCAGAGAUAUAACUGUUUCCAAUGCAUUUGGUCUGCAUCUUCUUGGAAUAUUUAGAAGUGCCUUUGGGGCUGUUGAUUUUUCCUCAAGAGGGAAGUCAGGUCUUCCAACAGGGUCUGCUGCUAUUGAUGCUCUUGGAUACUCCCUCAUCAUUUUAAGAGAUAUCUGUGCAAGCGAUGGUCUACGAGGUUCCAAGGGGGAGGGUACUGUAGAUGUUAAUGUGCUGCUAUCCUCUGGACUCCUGGAGCUUCUUUUAAGCUGCCUCCGGGAACUUGAGCCUCCAGCAAUUAUUAGGAAAACAAUAAAACAAAGUGAUAACCAAGAGGGAUCAACUCAUUUCUCGUCAGAGGAGAACCACAAAGGAACAACAUAUUUGCCCAAGUUUUGUCCAUACAAAGGAUUUCGGCGGGACCUUGUUGCAGUCGUUGGCAAUUGUGUUUACCAAAGGAAGCAUGUUCAAGAUGAAAUUAGACAGAAGAAGGCAAUUCUUCUGUUAUUACAACAGUGUGUCACCGAUGAAGAUAAUCCGUUUUUAAGGGAGUGGGGCAUCUGGUCAGUCCGGAAUCUUCUGGAAGGCAAUGUAGAAAACCAACGAGUAGUAAGUGACUUGGAGCUUCAAGGAUCUGUCGAUGUGCCUGAAAUUGUUGGACUUGGUCUUCGAGUUGAGGUGGAUCAAAAAACUGGCCGUGCAAAGCUUGUAAAUGCCUGAUGGAGAUGAGUAAUUGAAUUUUGCAAAUAGUGUUUACUCCUUUUUGUUGCUUUCACUAUCUUCAGUAUGAUCUCCAUUAAACUAAGACCAGAUGCGAGGGUAUAGGAACCUGGAAACCUUCGGCAGAGGCUGUAAGUUUGAUCUGCCUAGCUGAUUUUUCGCUGUUGGAGACAUAGCCGGUGCCUUAUGAAACUGCAUUGUCGUAAAAUAAGGGGAAGUGUGACAACUGACAAUUAAUUGGUUAUUUGUUUCCAGGGUGGUGACUCUAAUUGAAACUACUUCUCGAAAGCCGUUGUAUAUUAUUUUUCUUGGUGAAACUUUCUUCUGUGAAGCUGUUCUAAAUUAUUUUUAACGUUCUUAUAGUUUUGUGCGCACUGCAAGACCUCAAGCUAUUUCUUUUGUGUUGAA